AUGAGAUGCUUCGCCUAUGCGCCACCACCUGUGAUCGGUCCAUUGGAGCACAGGAGUCUACGCGGUUUGGUGAUUCACUCCUUCAUCAACCGUGCGGACGUGGUCCCUCGAGCGAGCCUGGCCAACGUGUUCCACCUCGGCUUGGAAGCUAUGGCCGUUGAUGGGCUCGACCUGGAUUUCCAACAUCGCUUCAAUUUGAUGCGAAGAGAUGCCUCUCCUGAGAAUGAAGAGGAAAACAAGGCCAAGAAGAGGAUCGUGGAGGCGGUGAAGGAGUGUCAGGAAGCUCGACAUGCGAAGCCUCACGAGUCAUUUCCGCCCUUGUUUGUUGCUGGCCAGGUGUACUGGAUCGAAUGGCUUGGUCAAGAAGGAAGUGUGCAGGAUGCAAAGAAUGACACCGCAGAGAGGGCGCCAAGGAUCCACCUGUCGUCCGCCAGGGCCUUUCAGGCUUUGCUGAUGCGGGGAGGCACCAACGCGCUGAAAGAUCAUUUGUGUGGAGGCUACAAAGAAGGCCUCGAAGGCUACAAGAAUCACCUGAAGGCCAGUGGAGGGUGCAACUGCACAAUAGCUUGA